AGAUUUGCCUGCAGUCAGGAAUUGAAACCUAAACGCUAAGUUUCCUAUGCAUACGGAGUAUUCCUGCGUUUGUCUGGCAGCAGCAGCUCAUUUCAGCAGAGGUGUAUUUAACAGCAGUUUGGUUACUAUGGAUGUUAACCCUGACUCCCCAUACUACAUCAACUUGCUUGAUAGCAAGUCUAAUCCUGAAGAUCACAGAGAAUAUGUGAUGUUUCAUGGCUGCUCAAAAGAGGGCGCAGAGUUGAUUAAGAUGGAAGGCUUCAAACCAUCAAGUGCAGAUAGAAUGCUUGGUGCAGGUGUUUAUGUUAGUCGGGACAUCCGAAAAGCCUGUAAAUACCCUCUUGAUGUUCCUGACUCUGAGAAAAGAGUACUUAAAGUCAGAGUGGAUGUCGGCAGGGUUAAGGUCAUAGACAAGCAGAACCACCCCAUGCAGAAGACAUGGCACACUGUGCAUGGCUUUGACACUGCCUGGGUUCCACCUAAUGUUGGCAUGGUGCCGAGCAACCAGGAGGAGGACUGUGUCUACGACCCAAAGAGAAUCAAAGUCAUCGAGGUCAUGAAGGUUACUGAAGAUAACUUAUCUCAGUAUGAUCAUCUUCAGAGUGGAGUCACCCCUGAGGACAGCCACGUCUACGUGAUGUAUCAUGGAACAUCAAAACAGAUUGCUGUGGAUAUACAGAGAAAUGGAUUCAAACCUUCCAAAGAUGGCAUGCUUGGUGCAGGUGUCUACCUCAGUCGAGACAUCCGAAAAGUCAUUAGAUACCCCCUUGGUUCUUCUGACUCAGACAGGAUGGUUCUGAAAGUAAAGGUGAAUGUUGGCAGAGUUAAAGUCAUCAACAAAAAAGGUCAUGACAACCAAUACAACUGGCACACUGUGCAUGGCUUUGACACUGCCUGGGUUCCACCUAAUGUUGGCAUGGUGCCGAGCAACCAAGAGGAGGACUGUGUCUACGACCCAAAGAGAAUCAAAGUGUUGGCAAUGCUGAAAGUGCCCAACUUAAAGAGGUAAGUGAUAUUCAGCCACAGUCAUAUAACACAAUCAGUAAAGUAAUACUUUUUUCAAGAAAGACUUGAAAGACUACUUGAUACCAGAUCAUAUGCUAUGCUUACCCCACUUCAGGUUUUGAUUGAGGCGUUUCUAUUUGAUUCUUUCCCCAGGGUAAACCCAUGGUUAAACACUAUGCAGUGGAACUGAUGAACUCUGCAUUCAGUGGGAGCAUCCAGCAUCAACUCAUGGUCAUCAGAAGAGGAUGGUUAGAAUCAGACUGUCCCACAUUAUACAGCUCAUAGGAAGUAGAAGCUGAUGAUUUGACAUGGCAAUCUAUAUGCAAUCAAUCAUAUAACCUUAUCAUAUCAAAUAUUUUCGAAAUAUAAUCAAUCAUAUUUACUUGAUGUCAAUAAUGCAUGUGUAUCAAUGAUCAUAUGUGAAAAAAAAGUGUUUUCUUCUUGAUAUACAUCUCAAAUAAAUAUAUAAAAGUUCCCCA